AAGCCUGCUCGUCCUGUCACGGUUUGGUUCGUGGUUAGUUAUUGGUCAUUGCCCUCUUGUGGUCAGAGAUGGGAAAAGCAAGUGUCGUAAACUGACGUGGAUCCUUUGAUCGCCCGUUUCCGGCAAACAUGGCAGCUUACUGUUGAUCAGCUAGAGAACACCUCAGAGAGAGUAACCAAAAUAUAUUUGCGUAUUUUGACAAAUAUAUUCACGACAAAAAAACGUAUUUGGACCUCAUUUUACCCAUGGCAGGUGUUAUGGAAACAGAGGAGCAGGGCAGGAAUCGCUUCCAGUCCGAACUGGAAUUUGUUCAGUGCCUGGCCAAUCCAAAUUACCUGAACUUUCUGGCUCAGAGGGGAUAUUUACGAGAGAAGCCCUUUGUCAACUAUCUGAAGUACCUUUUGUACUGGAAGGAACCAGAGUACGCCAAGUUCCUCAAGUACCCCCACUGCCUGCACAUGCUGGAGCUGUUGCAGUACGAGCAUUUCAGGAAAGAACUGGUCAAUGCACAAUGUGCCAAGUUCAUUGACGAACAGCAGCUGCUGCAUUGGCAGCAUUACUCCAGGAAACGCACCCGGCUCCAGCAGGCGCUGGCAGAACAGCAGCAGCCACAGCAGCAGCAGGCAUCACAUGGCAAUGCUGCUGCGAAAUGAUGAGGACAAUGAACGCUGUGGGGUUGGGAUUGUAUGUGUGUGUGUGUGUGUGUGUGUGUGUGUGUGUGUGUGUGUGUGUGUGUGCGUGUGCGUGUGUGUGUGUGCGUGUGUGGAAUUUAAAUAAAAUCAUUCUACAACUACACAAUUGUUUAAUUAUGGACUAUUCACAAUAAUUUUUUGUUUUGUUUUUUUCUUUUGUAAGGUUUCAAACGAUGAGAAAUACACUGAAGAGAAGUUAACAGGUCAAAUUAGGGCAUUGAAAGGUUUUCUUAGGGUUCUUAGUUUGUUGCUGAUGGCAGGUUUGGGACAGGUUUAGACAAUGGAAAAUAAUUUUGUAUAUAAUACAAGGAUCAUUGUCAAUGUAUUGUGAAUUGGGGAGAGACACUUGUAUAUGACUGAUUAGCUGUGUUUCUACCUGUUUGGUGGACAUUUUGACAUUUCAAAUAAAAGCUGAAUGGAAAUGCCAAAAAUACCAACAAAACUGGCACAAAGGUUUUGAACUCUCACAGUGAACAAGUUGAUGUAUUGAUGAUGGAGAUUAUUUGAUAAAUAGCUUUUUUUUUGGUCUUGAAUGUUUCUGACCAUAUCCAGUGCACAGGGAGAUUGUAAAAUCUCUUAAAACCAGAUGAUUUGCCCUUAUUUUUUUUUUACAGCUUUUGAUUGUUUGCUUAAAAUGACUUUUGGCUGGAAACAACUAUUCAGUAAUUCAAAUUCAAUUUCUUGUGCAGAAGCUACCAGCUCACAGAGGCUUUCAAGACAUUUCUGUUUGCAUUGUUUUGUUUCUUUGCAAUUUGCGAGCGGCAGAUAGGUUCCUAAACAAAUUGCUGACAUCUAAUAAACGGAGCACAUUGUCAGUCUUCCCAGGUAUCACAGUUUUCCCCAUAGAAAGCCCCUUCUGAAACAUAUAUCAAGUUUUUCAUAAUUACCUAACCGAAAGAAAAAAACUGCUAGGCAUGGAAACAGUAAUCUUUCCUUAAUGCCCAAUUUUCAGCUCGUAAUUUAACAGACAGAAAUUCACAAAAUGAAUUUCAUUUUCCAUUUCUCCUAAAUCACUGACACAGUCUGACUUCCUGUUUCCCAAGCUAGCUGGAGAGGUCUUUGACUUUUGGAUUAAGUUUAGUAAGACAGACGGUUCUGAUAUAACACUUGUUAAAGCAGUAUAUUCCUAUUUAAGGUUUACAUUAAAUGAUAAACACAUUUUCUGCUCAAUUUUAAUUUUAACAUUUGUAUUUAAAGGCCAUGUCAGUAAUUUUGGACAGUGCUUUAGUUAAGUAUUACAUCAGUACUAGUGCUCCACUGCAAAAAAAAAAAAAAAGAUAAAAAAUCCAGACGUUGGUAUUGUACAUUUCCAGAAACAUGCAAUAUCAACGUUUGGGAAGAGUGGGCUGCCAGCUCACUCACCUCAGAGGGUGUAUUUGAUUGAUGUAUACCUGUUGAAUUUGCAUGCAUAACUGCUUCUGUAGGCACGAAUGUACCUUUUUAUUGUAGGGCCUAUCACAUGUAAAAAUAAAAAAUAAAUUCCCAGAGGAAACACAAAAGAGUACAGACAAGAACUGAAGA